AUGAAUAGCACAGAGGAUCGAAACAUUUCUCAGCUAUGUCCAAGAAUAGUUCUAAAGAGCCAGAUAAUACCUCCAUCAUGGGCGCUGAUGCAGCGGCUGUUGUUCGAUCAGUUGAAUAAAGCUGCAUUGGAGUUUGUGGGACGUUAUACACGUGCAGAUGGAACUUUGAUUUGGCGACGAGAUUGGCCAGGAAUGGAUGGAUCCGAUGAUCCAUAUGAAGGGUUUAUGAAUCUGUCCCUUCUCUAUGUGUUAGGCGGAUGCGAUGAAUUAUACGAUCUUUCUCAUAAGAUUUGGGAAGGUAUUACCUGGCAGUGGACUGAAUAUGGACAAAUCUAUCGUGAAUUUGAUGCUUAUUACGACUGGAUGCAUCAUGGUGAAGGAUAUUUGUAUUUGUAUUUUCUUGGACUUGCAGGCCCAUUGACAUUAAAAGACCGUCAACGCGCUUUGAAUUUUGCGAAUAUGUACAUCGGAGAAGAUGAUCAAGCUCAAAAUUAUGAUAAGCAACUUAAAUUGAUACGUUCUCCAAUAACGGGGAGUCGUGGACCACGAUUUGUGCUCACUACUGAAGAUUGGAGCACCCAUCGCGGGAUUUUGGAUGAUUAUUUGGCACCUUACGAAGAUAUUGCGGGUGUUGAUUUUGCUAGCGGAAAAUGCGCAUGGUCAAAUGAUGAAGUUUAUGCGAACAUCAUACAAUUAAUGAACGAACGAAUGACUCGUGGCGAUGUGCCAUUGAACUUGAAUGCAACAGGUCUAGUUACUCAUGCAUUUCUUCAUUCAGGCAAUGGGAAAUAUCGACAAUGGGUAUUGGAAUAUAUUCAUGCUUGGGAAGAGAGAACUCAACGAAAUAACGGAAUCAUUCCAGAUAAUAUUGGAUUGACCGGUCAAAUUGGUGAAUACAAUGGUGGAAAAUGGUGGGGUGGAUAUUAUGGUUGGCGUUGGCCACAUGGAUUUAUAACAAUUAUUGAACCAUUGAUUAAUGCAUGCAUGAAUGCUGUACUUCUAACAGGCAAUAUGAGUCAACUCGAUUUCGCUCGUCAUCAACUCGAUGCUAAUUGGAAUUUGCGUCGAGAAACUCAGGGUCAAUUAUUAGUACCAUACAAAUAUUUUGAUGCAGGUUGGACGGAUUACCGUAAACCAGCUGCGAAAUAUCCCAUCUAUUUAUGGACGAUGUCCAUGGCUGAUGAAGAUUUAGAACGUAUCGAUCGUAUUUCCAAGGACCAUGAUUGGAAUGAAGUGAUUAUUCCGACGGUAUCUGGUUCUGAUAAAAAAACCGGACGAGCGACAAAACAUUACAUUGGUAAUACACAACCUUGGUUUCAAUACAUUCGUGGUUUGAAUCCUGAAUAUCCCCAACGUAUACUAAAUGCAAAUUAUCGCCUGAUUCAACAACAACUCGGCCGAAUGCGUUCAGAAGCAGGAAAUCCCGCCAAUUGGUCGGAUCAAUACAAUGAAAACGAUUUUUCAAGUAUUCACAUUUGGCAAGAAAUGUGUCCGGUGUACAUGGAAAGUCUUGUCCAGUUGACGUUAGGCGGACCCAUGCACAUCUCUCAUGGUGGUUUACAACAUGCUCGUGUAAGAUAUUUCGAUGUAGAGAAAAAGCGUCCAGGUUUACCUCAAUCAAUUGCUGCACUUGUCAAAGAGCUCCGAUAUGAUUCCAUUACUUUAGAAUUGAUUAAUAUCGACUUGUUUACGGAGCGAAGAUUAAUUAUUCAAGCUGGAUCAUUUGGAGAACAUCGUUUCAAUAAAGUGAAUGUUUUAGAUGUAACGGAGAAUCUAAUAGAAACUGUAAUUGUGAAUCAUAAAUGGUUAGAAGUUGUACUGCCUCCUGGAACAGGAGCAACACUAGAAAUAAGCAUGGAUCGUUACGUGAAUUCUCCUUCGUAUGACAUGCCUUGGUCGAAUCCUGACAAGAACACUUAUCUGCAAGGAAGAAACCUUCUUUAA